CAAACAACAAAUGUAACCGAAGUAGAGCUGUGUGCGUGUCUAUAUAUAUUAGCAUUGUGUUGUGUUUGUGCCCCUCUCGUCUCCGCCCAGCCUCCCGAUCGCCGACUUUCAUUUUCUCCACCUAUACACACAACUCCUCUGGUUUGUGAUGAAUUGUGUGUAAUCAGGUGAUAUAAUUCGAUACAAUGCCUUUAUAUAAGAAAAAGCCUGUGCCUUUGGUGGAGAAUCCCACUGGUUUGAGUCCUGAUGAGGCUGUGUUUCAAGUCCGGUUUACGAAGGAGAUUUUUCGGGAUUAUGGGGAGUAUUUGAAUCGGAUUUGUUUCUAUCGGAAAAGGAUUUGGAUGUGUAAGGUUACGGGGAAGAGUAACUUGACUUUUGAGGAGGCGCUUAUGUCGGAGAAAAGGGCCAUUGAGAAGGUUCAGCAGUUUCCGAGUAAUUUAGUGGCUCCGGUGCUUCGGGAAGUUCAGUAUAGCAUGCUCAAUUUAAAAGAUCUUGUCAGCAUGAUAGCUGAAAAGCUGCAGGAAUCCAUGGUAGAGGGUAGUGAGUUGUAUGGAAGGAAGAACAAUCGCAUUUAUCCAUGCAAAAUAAUGAAAGUACUCGAGGAGGAGGCUGACAAAACCCAGUAUCAGGUAGCUUGGCUUGACAAGGAAAAGAAGGUAACUGGUAAUGCUGUUGUAGAUGGGAAUGAUUUGAUAAAGAAGAAGCUGCCUUUUAGCAGAGAAGUUUUGAAGUCUUUUAUAAGAGAAUCAACAUAUCGGAGUGUUCCUUGGGUACUUCAUGAUGAAUUGGCACAGAAACAUGGAAUCUCAACUGAUCCUCCAGAGGAUGUAGUACCCAAAAUGUCCAUUCUACAUGGAUGUGUCACUAAUGGAAAAAGAAAGAGAAGGGAUGGAAAGAAAAAUGACAGUCCGGUGAAAAAUAAGAAAACACUGAAGGCUAACCAGGAGCAUUCUGCAAUAGAUGUUGAUAACAUCUAUGAUGAGACGAAGUAUCCUAUAGAUGAUCUUCUGGUGCCUACUGCUAGAUAUGAUCCAGCUAUCGCUCAGCGCCCUAUACCAUCAUCAGAUUUCAAAAUUCCCAAUGAUUGUGUUGGAGACCUUUUAAUGGUCUGGGAUUUUUGCUCUUCUUUUGGCAGGCUAUUGCAGUUGUCGCCCUUCUCACUUGAAGAUUUUGAAAAUGCUCUAUGCCAUAAAGAAAGCUAUGUGGUUCUCAUUGUUGAAACUCAUUCAGCUUUCCUUUGCUCGCUUAUGAAAGAUAAUGGCGAAUAUUUUUUAGCAACACAACGAAAGAAGCGAAAGCCAAAGAUUACGUUACUGAAGUGGACCGAGUAUUUAUGCGAUUUCUUGGAAAUGGUCGGGACUGACGAAUUUUCGGGUUACCUACCAACAAUCAGACGUGGCCAUUAUGGGCUUCUAGAUGUGAGUGCUAAACUGGGGAUCUUAAGGGAAUUGGUUGCUCGAGUCCUUGCAACAGAGCUUUAUAGAGAGAAGUUAGAUGAAUACAUUGAAGAGCGGCAAGCACUUGCUGCAGCUAACAGGGAGGAAGCACUGGCAGAGGGCAGAAAGAGAAGAGAAGCCAAAGACCAUAAGUUGCAUUCUAAUGGCAACCACACAACGACAACAGAAGGUCGUAGGGUGGGUUCUGAAGGCAGCAACUCAGGUGAAUUAGUGACUUACGAUGGCAAUCCACCAAAUGAGGCUACUGCUCGUGGAGAACUUACAUUAAGUGAGAUUAUAAAAGAAAGCUCAAAGACAAAGAAGAAUGGGAUGGAGAAGAAGGCUGAUGAUAAAGCUGUGGUGGCUAUGAAUCAUUUAACUGGGAAGGGGAUUCAGGAAGUGGCGACAAAUGAUAGCAAAUAUAUAGCUGGGGAGAAGGGCCUAAAACAGAGGAAAGAAUACCUUGCAAGGGAGAUGGAGAAAAGAAUAAUUCGCACCAACCCAUUGGGGAAAGACAGACAUUACAACAGGUAUUGGUUUUUCCGACGCGAUUUCAGAAUAUAUGUCGAGAGUUCUGACUCUAAGCAGUGGGGCUACUACAGCACGAAAGAGGAGCUUGAUUCCUUAAUUGGUUCACUGAAUCGUAAGGGUGUACGGGAGAGGGCUCUUAAGAAAGAGCUGGAAGAAUACUAUGAGAGAAUAUGCUUGGGUAUACAAAAAAAACUAAAGGACAGUGCUGCAGCAGAAGAGGCAGACGUUCGAAGAUCUACUAGAAUUCGUGCACCCCCUAGGCAAAAUCCAGCCCUUGCUUUCCUCAAAUAUGAGAACAAGUGGAAGGAAGAUUAGUAUUUUCUGAUAUAUUAAGCGUAGCAUAUGGGCUCAAUAGAACUAAGCUUUAGGCAUUCAUAAUUGCUAGGUGCAAAAAGAAUUUUCCAACUGGAGCUGCCUACUUCUGAAAUGUGCCGGUUUUGGGUUGAGAAACCCUAGAUGGCCUGGCCCUUUUUGGAAUCAGAAGGGUUAAGAAAACAUGUCUUGUUUAUUGAUUUUCAGUUGCAUCUUUCAGCUCCUAGGUUUCUUCUGAAAAGAGAAUUUUGGCGGACCUUGAGAACUUCUAGAUUAGACCAUUACCAACUGCAUUCAGUUCCUGAAUUGGUUUGAUAUCUUCACAUUAAAAAUUGCAGUAUAUAACAUAAUCUGGGCAAGUCGAAUUAAAGUACAACUUUGGAGGACAUUAAAUCCUCAAGAAUUAUCAUAUGAUAUGCAUAUUUCUUGUUUGUA